CACGGAUUACAACUGGAGCAGAGCUUGAGCCAGGCUGAAGCUCACAGAGAACCUGGAACUGUAGCACGCCACACAAAGUUCUUAGGAAAAAGCGUCACAGAAAAUGGGAAGUACAAUUAUUAGUCAAAGACUUCAUGUUGGACUGCAGCAGCUCACAGCUUUGGCGGCUGUCACACAUUCCUUUUUGGGCCCCAAUAAAAACCACAAGUUUAUUCAAGACGAGUCUACCGGGGAGUCGUCCUUGGUGUGCACAUGUUUCCGUGUCUUGGAGCACUUAGACCUGACCUGCUCUGUAGGUCAGCUGGCCAAUGAGACAAUCCAAGCUCACCAGAAGGUCUUCCACUCAGGUGCGGGGUGCCUGCUAUUUAUGGCUGGGGUCUGGAGCAGGGCUGCCCUCGAAUGUCUCCACAGAGGCAUUUCAAUCCCACAUAUUGUGUCAGCCAUGUCUGAAGGGCUGGAUAUAUGUUGCGAAGUCUGCAGGUCAAACAGUGUGUCGAUUGAAGACGUUCGACCGGUUGCUUCUGAUAGUGGCACAUCAGUACUCCAGGGCUCUCCACACACAGUGUUACGUAACCCUGUCACAGGGAUGAACUCUAGCCAUGGGGCCCUUAACAACAAGAAACAAAGCAGAAUAAAACUCACUCACAGCAGACAUUUUUGUGCAAAUGAUAAAGCUGAUGAGAACACCACACCAGGGUUAUUUUCCCAUGCAGUGAGUUCUAAAGAAGUUGAUAUUCCUCACCUCGCUGAAGCUGUGAGCCAUGGCUGUGUGGCUGCAAUGAGCUUAGUGGUUGAGGUGAGCAAGAUACAGUCAAAGAACAAUGGAAGCGGUGACAGCUGUAGAACAUUUGAUGUCAACAAGCUGGUAACGUGCACUCUGCCAGGCUUGUCAGAGGACCAUUCAUGUGUUUUACCAGGUUGUGUUAUUCUGCUCUCUGCAGAGCAGGCUUCCCUUGUACAUCACAUGAAAGAACAGAAGUGGCAAGUUGUUCUCAUUAAUGGAGAUCUCAGUGAAAAAUAUCGCCAUCUUGGUUUCAAUAACAAGAAUGACAUCAGCCAAGUGACCGACAAGUUGGACUUGAAAGGCCUCAGCAAAGAAGAUGAUUGGGAAGACAAUGUUUUAACAACUCUGUUGAAAAACAAUGUGAAUCUAGUUUUAGUCAAUGGAGAGGCGAGUGAAAGACUCACCCAGCACUGCAUGAGUCACCGUAUACUUGUGGUUGAGAGGGUGAAGCCUGACAUUUUGAAGGACUUUGCAGAAACAACAGGAGCUGUCCCUGUCACCUAUGCCACACAACUGAGUAAGCACUGCGUCGGCACCGGAGUACAAGUCUCCAUGUGAAGAGACUGCAGGGGCAAC